UGAGCCCAAUACAACAUCCUGAAGUGAAGGCAUCUGUCUGAACUUGGAGCUCGAGCCCUGGAAAUAAAAAAAGCUAGAAAAGUAAGAAUAUUUGUAUAUUUUGCUUUGCCUCUUGUCACAUAUAUCCGUACACACUACACAGUGUAGGUAGGGGGAGGCAACCAAACAUAAGGCUGUUUAUAAGUCAGCGUUCUCCUUUACUGUACCGUCAGUCAGCUAGAUAACGCUCUCCUCAUUAUUACACUCAGUCUGAAACAUGGCCACAGACGAGCUCUCGUCCAAGCUCAGCCGCCGGCUCCAGAUAGAAGAAGGAGCAGAGGAGCCUGUUGCUGUGGACUUCUUCGGGACCCAGGAUGGCUCGGAAGACAAACCGAGUACAGCCAACGCAGACUCGGAGCUGGGCGCGAAGCUACAGCGGAGAGAGGAGCUGAACGAGGGGCAGGGGGAACACCAGCAGCCCAGCAUGAAGGUGUUAAACCCCUACACCGAGUUCAAAGAGUUCUCCCGGGGCCAGAUCAAGGACAUGGAGAAGAUGUUCAAAACGUUUGAUGCUGGGAAAGACAACUACAUUGACCUGAUGGAGCUGAAGCUGAUGAUGGAGAAGCUGGGAGCUCCACAGACUCACCUGGGCCUGAAGAACAUGAUCAAGGAGGUGGACGAGGACCUGGACAACAAGCUCAGCUUCAGAGAGUUCCUCCUCAUCUUCCGGAAGUCCGCAGCAGGAGAGCUGGCGGAGGACAGCGGGCUCUGUGUCCUCGCUCGCCUCUCUGAGAUCGACGUCUCCACAGAGGGGGUGAAAGGAGCCAAGACCUUCUUUGAAGCCAAAGUCCAGGCCAUCAGUGAGUCGAACCGGUUUGAGACGGAGAUCCGUCAGGAGCAGGAGGAGAAGAAGAAGCAGCUGGAGGAGCAGAAAGUGAGACGUGCUGCCUUCAAGGACCUGCAGUCAGCCUUCAAGUGAUCCAGGACCAGUGGCUCUGUGUCUCAUGCUGUCAGUCUGUCGUUGUGUUUGAAUGCUCCAUGUGUGUCAGACAGUGCUGAUCCAGAGUCAAACUGACUCACACACAUUGGUCACUAGUCUACCAUACCAUGAACUGGGUACAUUCUGAAAAUCAGAAGAAAAAUAAUAAUUGAUUGAUAUAAUUGUGUUUAUUUAGCUCCGCUGCUCAGUAACUUUCUCAAACAUGGAAAAUAAAUGUUUAGUGCAAAUAUAGCAGGACUGCCAUGAGAGUAGUCUGUGCUGGGCUCAAUGAAGGAGGAUUUUUAAAGUACCUGUCAUCCUCCACUGUGCACUUUUUAUUCACCUGUCACAGGGCUCCAGUAACAACGGUUGGAAUGAUUGUCAACUGGAUAGCUUUUUAAUAUAAUCCUGCCUUUUAGUAAACAAACUGCUGUGCAGUGUUUGGUGUCUAAUAAACCUUCUCUCAUGGAUUUAUUAAUCCAGUUGGCCUUCCCGACACAAAACACACUCACACCAACAAAGCGACAAUGUGAUGACCCAGUGUCCAGUUCUGAGUGUGUGUGUAGACUAGUGAUGAAUGCCCUUGUUCUGCUGCCCUGGCUACAUGUGUAUGUAUGUAUUUGUAUAUGACCUUGUUGGACUACUUUCUAUUUUACUCAUUCCUCAGUGACACCUGUCACACACCAUUAAGAUAGUGUUCAAUGUUAAAUGAAUAACUGAGCUGCACAUUUUUACUGUCAGCUCUGUAUUUUUCUAUUAGGGGUUAGGUGGGUAUUUAGUAUGUUAUUCAGGCUGAUCGUGGUGUGCUAUUCUUCAGCACCUUGUUUUGCAGGGGCCCUCUGUAACUUAAAUAAGUGUGUUUCCUAUCUAGUUUCAGUCAGUAUUCCUCUCCCUCAGCUCAGUUAACAAUCAAUUCACCUGCUGAGAUCUGGAGCUGUACUAUCUUAUUGGGACUUCAUGCAAACCACAUGAGCCAUCAGAUCAAUAAGAAUCAGAUCAAUGAGAAUCCGAUCAGUCAAAAAGAAAAGUUAUUUUAUCUUCUCCAAGAUCAUCAAAUCUCUUAAAUUGAAACCAGCCUUGAGAAAGUGCUCAUCUUAAUUACUGCUCUCACUUCUUGUUGUGAAAUCCUGCUUUUGUAUUGAUUGAUUGUAAGACAUUUUUUUUUUUUUUAAAUAUCACUGCAAGCAGGAAGGUUCAGACCUUCUUUUCACAGUGUCUGAGACUUCAUAAAGCUGAACAAAGUGAUGGGGGAGCGGGACCAAUCACAGCAUUGUUCCAGCGUUAUAAUGAACGCAGCACUUCAGCAACUGUCCAUUCUAAGUCCUGCCAUCUUGCCCUCCUUUAUGGGAUCUUAACAAAACUUGAAUUUUAUCAGCGUUAUUAAAAAAGUUAGUUACUGUCGUUUUCCUGCUAACUCUCAUCCUUUGCAAAUACUUUUUUUCAUUGACGGCAACCGUGUUUUCAAUUUGAUCUUGCUUAUUUGUAAUAUAAAUGUUUAUCCCUGUUGGCAAUCUGACCCAGGGCGGGGGCCUUUCAACAUUUUUAUUUUGUGGCUGUUUAUUAAGCACCUCCAUCAAUCCAAUUAGACUCGUAUUUAAUGGGAAGCAUAAUAACAUUUCAACUUAAACAAAAUGAUGUAAACAAGUCUUUCAUUAUUCUGUCUCCUUGAAUAGUCAUCAUGUUGAGGACUAGGCCAACACUGUAUUAUUAAGCAGUAGGGAACAAAAGCUUUCAUUCAUUUCAAACUCUUUAUUAAACAUCGCCAAAAUACACCAAAAUAGAAAAAAAACACAGUGCUCUGAAGUUCUGACAAGAGAACUAGGCUCUCUUAGGUGGGGAAGACAAACGUUUUAUAAAGAAGAAAGGUCCAUGGCAAAUUCAUAUUUUGUAGGAGAUUCUAAAAGCAUGGACACCUCUUCAUGUCCAACCCUCAGCACAGUUUCCUUAAAAAACAUGAUGAUUUUACAGACUGCUUACACCUGAAGGGGAAGCCAAUAAACAGACCGGGGCAGAUACAAAGUAUGACCACUAGGUGGCUCCUCUGACCAUGUGAAGAAGGAAGAACAAAAUCAGUCUCUUCCUACUGAUUUACCCUCAUUUCCUAAAUAUUCAAAAAAAUCAUGUUUUUUUGGAAAAAUAAAAAUAAUAAAAUUACGUUUCCUUAUUAUUUACAAAUAUUUUAGUUAUCAACAGGAUUAUGCCAACACUGUAAUAUAUAGUGGUAGGGAUUCUUCUCCAGCAUCAUCCCUCUAUGUUCCUAAUGUUACCAGAGAAGUGCCAAAGGUUGAACUAAAGUCAAUGUGCCCAGUUUUACUCUCCUGAAACAGAAAUGUUAAUGGAAAUAAUAUUAAUUGUAGUACGGUUAGCUUUCGGCCAUGGUCAGGUCAAUGUAUUGUUGGUACAGCAUUCCCUCACAAUACUCCUACAAUCAUUUGAAGUCCAUCAGUGGCCUGGAUGUAUUUUUCUGCUGUAAUUCUGCUGGGGACAUGUUUCCAGCUGCUCAUGUUGCUAUGAAAGUUAUGGACUCACCUUAAUAUCUGACAGAAAGUCAAUGUUCACUGUGACAAUCUAAAAACUGUGCUGGGAGUGAUCAACAUCAGGGUACAGUUUGAUUUUUAUUACGUUUUUCCUUACUUUGUUGUAAUAUGUACAUUAGUACUGUCUUGUAUGCUGAUCAGAUAAUAAAAAACGGUAUUGCUCCGUCAUUUUUACUUUCCGACAACAUG